GCCAGGCAGGGUGCGAGCAUGGCCUCCUCGAACUCACCGCCCCCCACCAGCAUUGCGCCGCCCGACGUGCCCUCCGGGUUGUCGCUGUUCCUCACAAUUCCCUACGCCUUCUUCCUGCCCGAGCUGGUGUUUGGGUGCUGGGUCUGGAUCCUGGUGGCCGCCACCCACGUGGGAAACCCGCUGCUGCAAGGGUGGGUGAUAUAUGUGUCGCUGACCUCGUUCCUCAUCUCCCUCAUGUUCCUGUUGUCUUACUUGUUUGGAUUUUACAAGAGAUACGAGUCCUGGAGAGUCCUGGACAGCCUGUACCACGGGACCACCGGCAUCCUGUACAUGAGCGCGGCUGUCCUGCAGGCCCACGCCACCAUCGUCUCUGAGACCCAGGACCUGAACAACUACAUGACGAACAGCGCAGCCUCGUUUUUCGCCUUCAUCACUACCCUGUUCUACAUCCUCCACGCCUUCAGCAUCUACUAUCACUGAGGAGCCCAGGAGUCCUGCCCUGUGGGAAAUGCUCUUCGAACCUGAAUCACUGGCUCUCAAAGGUUGCGUCAGCAUUUGCCAUCUGGAUGAUAAACAGAUUAACGACACGACAGUGGGACGAACAGACCAUCUUUUCAGACUGAGUGAUAAAAUCAUACUCUGCA